AUGAGGAUGAACAACCGCCGCCGUCUGAUCCAUCGUCCCUGUCGGCACGCAGCCCCCCUGCCGUGCGCUCGGGAACAGGUGGACGGGACCAGCGUCCCCCGCCGCCGUGGGGUGACGUCCCGCCAGUCGGCCACCCACCGGCCAAACCUCCGGACGACUGCCGGGGUGGCGGAGCGGGGUACGCCGGGACCGCGCACUACGGAGGCCGCGGUCCGGGGUACGACGACACCGCUGACUAGGGUGAGACAGCCGGCCUGUUGCACACCCGCCCUGAAAGUGGGUAAAACCAAAGCGGCCUUCGCAGACAACAGAAACUAG